GCCUUAGAGAACCAGCCAUAUCUCAUCUUGUCAGAGGUGGUACCUGCGUAUCCGCCACUACUUGGUUCCAACUCAACAGCACUAGCCUAGCAUUCUUCACUAACCAUAAUACAUCUCUCUUCUCUUUUAUGCCCCUUAGUACAUCCCAACUCUUAAACAGCCCAUACUUCCUUCACAAACCAAGCCUCGGAGAACCGGGGCUUCCCAUAUCCCAUCCCAGCAGUUCUACCUCUUUACCUCUCAAACGGCCCGCACUUCACAUACCUGGGCACAGAGAACCAGAGCUCCCUAAAUUCAAUCUCCGGAUGGACAAUUCUACCGCCUCCUGUGCGGUAAGCCCGGACAAAACCGAACUUAGCCCAACCGUUUCUCGCUACCACUUUAACCAGACUCCCAGCGCCUCCUAUCCCGGAAAGCCCGGGCAAACCCGAAUAGCUGGCUUCCCUGUGACGGGGCUAGCCCACUUUGGCUAAUGUGGCGCUCGGGCCAUAUUCAACCUACAUCAAUCAAUCCACGAAUCAACA